GGGGAUGUGCGUCCGUGCGCUCACUGGCUGGCCUUACGCUGCUGCAUGUUAAAUUAGCUGGCUGCAGCCUUUCAGGGACACCUCUUGCGGACUGCUGGAGCCCACAGUGCAAUAAAUAUGGCAGCAGAGCUAUCCACUUCCAUAAACAUCAAUGAGCCCCGGUGGGACCAGAGCACAUUUGUGGGUCGUGCUAAGCAUUUCUUCACUGUCACAGACCCCAGGAAUAUCCUCCUCAGCAACGAACAACUAGCCCACGCACACAAAAUCAUCACUGACUACAGGAAAGGUGUAGUUUCCCCAGGACUGACAGAAGAUGAACUAUGGAGAGCCAAAUAUAUAUUUGAUUCAGCUUUCCACCCUGAUACUGGAGAGAAGAUGAUCCUGAUUGGCCGCAUGUCAGCACAGGUUCCAAUGAAUAUGACGAUCACUGGGUGCAUGAUGACAUUUUACAGGACUACUCCAGCUGUGUUGUUCUGGCAGUGGAUCAAUCAGUCUUUUAAUGCAAUAGUCAACUAUACCAACAGGAGUGGAGACGCUCCAAUCACAGUCAGUCAGCUUGGCACAGCUUAUGUGUCUGCCACCACAGGGGCAGUUGCCACCGCUCUAGGACUAAAUGCACUAACAAAGCACAUCUCACCUCUGAUUGGACGGUUUGUUCCAUUUGCUGCUGUAGCUGCUGCUAACUGUAUCAACAUCCCACUGAUGAGACAAAGAGAACUUAAACACGGCAUUCCUGUAACAGAUGAGAAUGACAACAGGUUAGGAGAGUCAACGAAAGCUGCACAACAGGCUAUCUCUCAGGUUGUGGUCUCCCGAAUCCUCAUGGCCUCUCCAGGAAUGGCCAUUCCCCCAUUUUUAAUGAACCAUUUGGAGAAGAAGGCCUUUCUGAAGAAGUUCCCAUGGAUGAGUGCACCUAUUCAAGUCAGCCUGGUCGGAUUCUGUUUGGUGUUUGCGACUCCUCUUUGCUGUGCACUGUUCCCUCAGAAAAGCUCCAUGUCAGUCAGCCGCUUGGAGCCGGAGCUGCAAGAGAAAAUCCGGGCCAACCACCCAGGAGUGGAGAGGGUGUACUUCAACAAAGGGCUAUGAGUGUGCACCCCCCCCCCCCCCAUCCAAACACUGCCAUAACACAGCUGCAGGCUCAGUCCUCGCCUCUCUGCCAGCCCUCCUCAUUCAGUGUGCCAAAGUUAAGUUUGUGUCUCCUCAUCUCCACCGUUCAGAUGGAUACUAGAGGACCCCCCUCUCUCAGUCAGUCUAUUUGUAAUGAGAUGUUUGCUUUUGUCAAUGUGAUUGCUGACUAUAUUGUAACUGCUAAGGAAGAAUUUCUCCAACUUGGGCGAAUGCAAAGCCUGAUUUAUUUCAUGAGAGAUGUAGUGGCCAUUGUAAGAUCGUUCAAAGUGGACAUUUUUUCUGUGCGGUAUUUUUUUGAGUUGGUGACUCGUCAACAUCAUAUCUGAUAUAGGUAGGAAGUUACUUAAUUCCAUACCUGCAUCACGGUUACUACAAUUAGACUUAAACAUCAAACAGCCCAAGACCUCUGCAGCUCAUGAAUUUGCCAAAUCUGUACUUUUAGACCUCUCACAACGAUUACAACCUCCUACACUUUAUCUCAAAGAAAUGCUUUCACUUUUACUCAGUUCAUUUUGCCAAAUGAAUGACAUUCAGCAGGCCUUUAGGCAUCUUCACAUCUAAUCACAAACCUAAAAACAGUUUUGCAGGGAUGCACCCUAUAAAAUGUGAUGCUAUAAUGGCAACAACCAUUGACGGGCCAACAAGGUGCUAUAUGAUGUCUUAAUAAUCAGUAUUAAUGUGCUAUUUAUUCUGCUUGCCAAACAUUUUAGAACAAACCACUCACUCCUCUCAUGAGCACCACGCUCCUCAACCAGCAUCUGCUUCAAAUAAAAGUCUUUUCUCUGUGUAUUUAUUCAUUACUAGGCUACAUGAAGGAGAGCCUACUGAUGUUGACAUAAUGGAUUAACAAUAGUUUUAAUGUUUCAGCAAAACAUAUUAAUUAUCACGUUCCUUAAACCCAACCUGUAAAAACCAAAUCCAGGAUUUUCGGAAUAUCUGAACACAAUGAUGCCACAACAAUAACUCAUUCAUGCCUUACACGUGUCUGACCUGUUUGGUAUCUGAAAGUAUAUCUAAAAUGUUUUACCAUUCCCACAGUGGACAUCUAAGUCAUUGUUUUCAAGGUGUUAUUAGGCAUUUUUUAAUACAUAGUUAGAACCUAUGGGGAUUUUUAGAUGCCAGUAUCAGGAUAAAAUAAGCCAAAUAGAUGUUAUUCAGAUAUUAUUUUUUAACUUCAAGAAGGAUACAUAGUUGGAUUCAUAUGACAAGUCCUGUUGGAAAAACUAAGACCUUUGUGGAUUUAACCUGGUGUGGGGACCUGACCGGAAACUCAGAAUGCUAGUUAAAGUUGACAGUCUUAUAUUUUUCUGUUGAAGUCAGAAGUAUGUACACUGUGUUACAUACGGUUACAUCAGCACACCCUAUUACUCAGCUCUUGUCUAGUGAGCUGAUAAAAUGUAUUUUUUGUACUAGUGCUGCAAAAAUGACAGACAAUAAUACUCCUCUGGUAUGUUUGGAUACAGUUGGUGUGAACUUCAACAAACAUUAAAAAGUAUUUCUAAAGACUUAUAAAACUGAAAGUCAGAUUUACAGCUACGAUACUUAACUGUGAAGAUGAAGUCUGGGCAGAUUUCAAGAGACUGAACAUCAAAUCUAUAGAAAAAAACUAAACAAAUGAAGUUGGUGGACUUGAAAUAUAUGACAAAGUAUAUAUACAGCAUUUAGCAAAUAUUUGAGCAAACAUUCUAAAUCUAUAAAAUCAUUACAUGCGCAGAAAUCAUUUAGUCCAGUUAGUAUAAAUGUUUACAAUUGAAAUUCUUACAUUUCACAAUCAUUGAUUUGAUUACAUAUUUGCAUAUUUUGCUCAUCAUGGUGUGUGAUUUUUGUAAAGUGUUUAAUGUUUAAUAUAAUGUAAACCUAUUAGCAUUUAUCACUGUAUAAGUAACUUUAUUUUAGAUCGUCAGUGUUUUAGAGAAAUGAGUUGGAGCUGUUUCCUACCUGGUGGAAGUGAAAACUAUUGUUCUAGUGUUUCAAAGUAUCUGAAUGUAGCAUCUUCAAAUUACAGCUGUUUACAGUUUGUCAGUACAGAAAAGCACAAUGUGGGAAGACCUUAAUGCUGCACAUUUUUAAAACUUGCUGAACGUGUUUAGAUUUCUGACUGCUCUACUUUUCAUUACAUCUUUGAAGUGAAGAUUUAUACAUCAGUGAAGGAAGUAGCAGAACAUUGAUGAUCAACCUUAAAUUUCUCGUCAGUGGGUAUUAUUUCUCCAACUGCAUGUAACAAGACCUUAUUCCUCUGAUGUAUUAAAAGUCUAAAAUUAAAUGCUUAACAUGUAACUCUCUAACAAGCCCUGAAUCUACCAAAUCAGAUCAGUCACUACAGCCAAAGUGAUGCAUUGUGGAAAUCAGUCAUUUACAGUUUUAAUUCAGUGAAAUAUCUGGGG